AUGUCAGACCGAGAAGGGAUCCCUCUCCCCGUCAUCAUUGUCGGCGCCGGCGUGAGCGGCCUGCUGCUGGCCCAGCACCUGCGCAAGACCAACGUGCCCUUCCGCCUGUACGAGCGCGACUUGGACCUCACCACGCGCGGCGUCGGCUGGGGCCUGACGCUGCACUGGUCGCUGCCGGCGCUGCGGUCCCUGCUACCGGAGGACCUCGUCGUGCGGCUGCCGGACGCGUACGUCGACCGCGCCGCCGUCGCGCGGGGUGAGGCCUCGGCGUUCCCCUUCUUCGACCUCAGCACGGGCGAGCUAAGGGGUGCGAGCCCGCGGGAGCCCGAGAACCUGCGGAUCAGGGUGACGCGAGAGAGGCUGCGGCGGUUGCUCGCGACGGACGUGGAUAUUCAGUCCAUGGAUGUGACGCCCUUAUUUUUUGAGACGCUGCACCUCACAUCGACCACCGUGCUAAACAGCUCGUACACGCAGUGGGGGAAGAGCUUCGUUAAGUUCGAGGAGAAGCAGGACUCGGUCGUCGUCUCGUUCGAUGACGGCUCGUCAGUGACUGGCCGUAUGGUCGUGGCAUGCGACGGUGGCCCGUCUCGAGUUCGGCGGCAGUUGUUCCCGGACCAGCACGAGAGAUACCGGAUUCCGGUUCGGGUGCUCGGCCUCAAGGUGCCCCUGUCGCCGGAUCAGAUGGCGCCGAUUCGGAAGCUCGACCCUUUCUUCCUGCAAGGAGCGUCAUCUCGCAAUGACACGUUUCUCUAUCUCAGCAUGCUCGACUCCCCCGGCAACAACGAGGAGAGCACGGGGGACUUCAGCUGCCAGAUGUGUAUCUCGUGGCCGGACCGCCCGGGGUUCUUGGGUAAGGCAGCGCCGACGGGCUACCCGCAGACGAGCGGCAGCAAAAUCGAGUUCAUCAGGUCGUUGGCUGAGAGCUGGUCGGAGCCGUUUCGAGGGCUCACGCUCGGCAUUCCUGCCGAUACGGAUGUGAAGCACCUCGACCUAUACGACUACGCACCGCCCAAGGGACUGAGGUCCAAGGGCAGGGCGGUGUUGAUGGGCGACGCCUUUCAUGCCAUGGCGAUGUACCGAGGCGAGGGCGCCAACCACGCCAUUAUCGACGUGCUAGACUUCGCCGAGACGGUGGCGCCCGCGUUGAACGCCGACUUCGCUGAGUUGCGGGCCGCUAUAGACGUCUACGAAGACCGCGUCGUCGCCCGCGCCCGGCCCGGCGUGCUGGCCUCGCGGCGAGCCUGCCUAGACGCGCACGACUGGCCCAGGAUUAGCCCCGCGAGCCCCCUGCUGAGCAAGCGGGAGAUGAUGCUUCAAUUCGACGAGGAGUAA